AUGCUAUUCGUGCCCCGCACUGCUUCUGCGUUGAAAAGCACUUCGCUGCCCCUCCUUCGCAACACCUUCAUCAACAACUCUUUCAACUCUAUCUCUUCAAGACAAUUUCACGCAACUAAAUCAAAUAUGACCAUUUCAACUUACUUCGAUGUUACCUGGGAGGGUCCAGUCCUUGACGCUUCCGGAAAGGCUACCACUAAUAUCCAAGAGCAAUCUGGAAGAAUCAAGUUCAACCUUUACGAUGAUGUAGUCCCAAAGACCGCCGAGAACUUCCGUGCUCUCUGCACUGGUGAGAAGGGUUUCGGAUAUCAGGGUUCUUCCUUCCACAGAAUCAUUCCUCAAUUCAUGCUUCAAGGAGGUGACUUCACCCGUGGCAACGGUACCGGUGGAAAGUCAAUCUACGGUGAGAAGUUCGCCGAUGAGAACUUCGAGCGAAAGCACACCCGUCCAGGUCUCCUCUCCAUGGCCAACGCUGGACCAAACACCAACGGCUCCCAAUUCUUCGUUACCACCGUUGUUACCAGCUGGUUGGAUGGCAAGCACGUCGUCUUCGGUGAGGUCGCCGAUGAGGAGUCCUUGAAGAUUGUCAAGGCUCUCGAGGCCACCGGAUCCGGCAGUGGAAAGGUUCAAUACAACAAGAAGCCAACCAUUGUCAAGUCCGGAGAGCUAUAAAUGCAUUUACUAGCGAGUGUAUCGGUGGCAGGUGGUUUUUGAGCCCGACAUCGUUCGGUAAUCCUCAUUAUGAUUAGCUAUCUGGCGGAAUGAAUGACGAAAAGUAAUGCAACGGAUUUUACUAAAUAGUUCUGUUUUUUGAAUGUGAUAUCUACCUAUGUGAUUAGAGGUCUGAAUUUUGAUGCUUCCCAUAUGUGGUAUCUCUCCUGA